AUGUUGGUGGUCAUUGGUGAGACUGGUUCAGGUAAGACCACACAGGUGACUCAGUACCUUGCCGAAGCAGGUUACACAACGAAAGGAAAGAUUGGGUGUACGCAGCCUCGUAGGGUCGCAGCAAUGUCCGUUGCAAAGAGGGUAGCUGAGGAGUUUGCUUGUCGUUUGGGAGAGGAGGUAGGGUAUGCUAUUCGGUUUGAGGAUUGCACUGGGCCAGAUACGGUGAUCAAGUACAUGACUGAUGGUAUGCUUCUAAGGGAGAUUCUGCUUGAUGAAAACCUUUCUCACUACUCUGUUAUAAUGCUUGAUGAAGCUCAUGAGAGGACAAUUCACACUGAUGUGUUGUUUGGUAUUCUAAAGAAGCUUCUGAAACGCAGGCCUGACCUUCGUCUGAUUUUCACAUCCGCCACAUUAGAUGCAGAUAAAUUCUCUGGCAAACAGCCAGAAAGCGAUUACUUGGAUGCAGCUCUGAUCACAGUUCUUCAGAUCCACUUGACUGAGCCAGAAGGCGACAUUCUUCUCUUUUUGACAGGACAGGAAGAUAUUGAUUCUGCAUGUCAGUCUCUGUACGAGAAGAUGAAAAAUCUAGGUAAAAACGUUCCUGAACUCAUCAUACUUCCUGUUUACAGUGCCCUUCCUAGUGAAAUGCAGUCUAGAAUAUUCGAUCCUCCUUCUCCUGGUACACGGAAAGUGGUUGUAGCUACGAACAUUGCAGAAGCUUCAUUGACAAUAUAUGGAAUAUAUUAUGUUGUUGAUCCCGCGUUUGCGAAGCAGAACGUGUAUAAUCCAAAGCAAGGUCUUGAAUCGCUUGUCAUAACUCCAAUCUCACAGGCAUCAUCGAAGCCAAGGGCUGGAUGUGCUGGUCGUACUGGUCCCGGGAAAUGUUACCGUCUCUACACAGAGAGCGCAUACCUUAACGAGAUGCCUCCUACAUCAAUCCCUGAAAUCCAGAGGAUUAAUCUUGGAAUGACAACCCUGACCAUGAAAGCAAUGGGAAUCAGUGACCUGUUGUCGUUUGACUUCAUGGAUCCACCUCAACCACAAGCGUUGAUCUCUGCUAUGGAACAGUUUUACAGCUUGGGAGCUUUCGAUCAGGAAGGUUUGUUGACGAAGCUAGGUAGAAAAAUGGCUGAGUUUCCUCUCGAACCACCACUCUCUAAAAUGUUGCUAGCGAGUGUGGAUCUUGGGUGCAGCUAUGAGAUUUUAACGAUGAUUGCCAUGAUCCAGACGGGCAAUAUAUUCUAUAGACCGAGGGAGAAGCAAUCUCAAGCAGAGCAGAAGAGGUCAAAGUUUUUCCAGCCUGAAGGUGAUCACUUGAUGUUGCUAGCUGUGUAUGAAGCUUGGAAGGCUAAAAACUUCUCAGGUCAAUGGUGUUUUGAGAACUUUAUACAAUCGCGAUCACUUAGACGUGCCCAUGACGUGAGGAAACAGCUUCUCAGCAUUAUGGACAAAUAUAAACUAGAUGUGGUAAGUGCUGGAAAGAACUUGAUGAAGAUAAGGAAAGCAAUCACAGCAGGAUUCUUCUUCCAUGGAGCAAGAAAAGAUCCACAGGAAGGUUACAGGACGCUGGUGGAGAAUCAACCGGUUUAUAUACACCCGAGCAGUGCAUUGUUCCAGAGACAACCAGAUUGGGUGAUAUACCAUGAUCUUGUGAUGACGGCCAAGGAGUACAUGAGAGAAGUGACUGUGAUUGACCCAAAGUGGCUUGUUGAUCUAGCUCCAAGGUUUUUCAAAGUGGCUGAUCCAACCAGAAUGAGCAAGCGGAAGCGCCAGGAAUGCAUAGAGCCUCUGUAUGAUCGUUAUCACAAACCUAACUCAUGGCAUCUCAGCAAAAGACGUGCUUGA